AUGAUUGAUGAUGAUCCACGUGAAACUGCUGCUAUAAUGAAAUGGAAUUGUGCACUGUACAUCAAGAGGAAAAAUAGAGUUCUAAAAUUUAAAAUAUUCAAAAAUUGGAAAAAUUUAUUGACUAUUUCAAGCACAGUAUCUCCUGUUGUUAACAAAAGUGCUACACUCCAAAUUAACGAAAAGAAGCAAACGAAUAAAAAACUGCAGGAAGAACUUAAUCAACUUAUUGAUGAACAAAAACAACUUGAAGUAGUAUCAAGCCAGCUGAAAUCAGUUCUCUCUCAGAAAUUACAGACUUCUCAAACUAAUUCUUUCUCAAAGAUUACAAAAUGA